AUGUCUCUCUUUGGCACAUCGCCCGACGAGGUUUCUUCACAGGCGAACCCCUCUCGCUUGUCCAAAUCUUCUCUUUUCGACGACGAACAUAAUCAGGGCGGGUCAGCAUUAUUCGCAGACGAUGGCCCGGCUGGUAACUCGCCGUGGGAUAUGCCUACGCCCAAAAGAAUUGGACGACAGAACCCUGUCAAGACUCUCCUUCCUGCGUCCGACGUGCCGGAAAGUUACAUAGAUGCGUUUGAAUUGAUCCUGGAUGCGCGGGACCGCGUAGGCGCAGGUCUUGGUCUUACUACGAUUCGGCAAAUACUAUCCAGCAGUAGCUUGACUGCGGCUGACCAGGCCAAGAUAUUGAAUUUGGUUCUCCCUGGGGGCCAGGAAACAUCCGAUGGCUUGGGUCGGAACGAGUUCAAUGUCUUGCUAGCUCUAAUAGGCUUGGCUCAGGAAGGCGAGGACCUCACAUUUGAUACUGUGGAUGAACGACGAAACAAUCUGCCUCAACCGAAGAUUUCAUAUUUGGACGAUCUGAGAAUCUCCAACCCCAAGUCCGCCGCUCCUUCACAGCAACAUCAAUUAGGAGAAGAGUCACUGCGAUCAGAACCGCAACAACAGGCAAUAGCCUCGACGCCCCGACGUACUUCUUUCGGUGCAGAAACAGACCCUUGGGGUAGUCCAGACGUUCACCGCGGGCACAAUCACACUGCCCUCUCUUCCAACGAACCCACGCUUAAUGGAUUCGGGAGUGUCCGCUCUUCCACAAAUGGAUGGGCUGCUAGUUCCGCAACCGCUACAAGUGAAUCGCGAAGCACAGCUCAGUCAAACGGACAAAGGCCUCCGAGAAGCUCUGGCUCAGGCUGGGAGGGGUUUAACAAUGCUCAAACUCCCGCGUUUGGCUCGGCUGGUCAGCAAGGAUUGGGGGGGUUUUCUAACUCAGGGAAUGCACAAGAUGGAUCUGAUUCACAAAAUCGUGCCCUAGGGGGUGGUCGAAUGACGGGUUUGGGGGUGGAGGAAGUGGUAACAGUCACAUUGUUACCCGAAAAAGAGGGAUUGUUCAUGUUUCAACACCGCAAUUACGAAGUGAAGUCUGCUCGCCGAGGUAGCUCGGUAGUGAGGCGUUAUAGUGACUUUGUAUGGCUCCUCGACUGUCUACAAAAGCGAUAUACAUUUCGGCAAUUGCCGCUUCUUCCUCCGAAGAGAGUUGCAGCGGAUUCAACUUCGUUCCUGGAGAAACGUCGCCGUGGACUCGUACGAUUCACCAACGCCCUGGUGCGACACCCGAUUCUAAAUCAGGAGCAACUCGUGGUUAUGUUCCUAACGGUCCCUACUGAGCUCUCAGUCUGGCGCAAGCAGGCGACUAUAUCUGUCCAAGAAGAGUUUGCAGGCAGAACCCUGCCACCUGACCUUGAAGAUUCCUUACCAUCGACCCUGAAUGAGAUGUUUGAUACCGUACGUUCAGGCGUGAAGCGUUCAGCCGAAAUCUUCAUUAACCUUUGUACGCUCCUUGAGCGAUUGGCGAAGCGCAAUGAGGGACUGGCUGCGGACCAUCUCCGAUUCUCUUUGGCCUUGCAGUCUUUAACAGAGGCAACGAAGAGUACUUACGCCGUAGAUACAAAUGAUGUACCGCUGCUCAAUGAGGGUAUCAACGCGACGGCAAGACACCUCUCUGCCAGCCAGAGUCUGCUAGAAGACGAGGCAAGGGCGUGGUCGGAUGGAGUGCUGGAGGAUCUUAAGCGACAACGAGAUUGUGUUGUUAGUGUGCGGGAUCUUUUCGACAGAAGAGAUCGUUAUGCCAAGGACAACAUUCCCCAGUUGGAAAAACGUAUUGAGAGCAACGAGAAGAAGCUACAGGAUUUGAGGAGCCGUCCUCAGGGAAUGGUCAAACCCGGAGAGAUUGAGAAAAUAGAGGAGUCAAUUUUCAAGGAUAAGGAAUCCAUCGUACAGCAACAUGCACGUGGCGUUUUUAUCAAAGAAUGUAUACGCGACGAACUUGUCUUCUUUCAACAAAGCCAGUACCAUAUCAGCCGGCUUCACCAGGACUGGAGCCAAGAGCGAGUCAAGUAUGCAGAACUUCAGGCAGACAACUGGAGAGUCCUCAGCGAGGAGGUAGAAGGAAUGCCCAAUGGCGACUAA